AGUUCCCGCUGACGUGGUGUCGAGUAAAAAGUAGAAAUAACAGGGUGCUGGCUGGCGAUUUAGUUUGUUUAAAGCAUAUUUUAAUUUGAUUUCCUAUAGUUAAUAAGGGGCGCAUUAACUAGCGCAAAUACAGUAUAGAAGAAUGUUGAACUUAGGAUUGGCAAUUCUCUUUGUGCUUGGCACUUGUGCGGCUCCGACGUGGAGUUCGCGCACUGUGGACAGUCAUUUGGGACCCAAAGAUCUCACCCGCCUCCAAAAAGUGUUUGUCGAUGGCUUCGCAUCCAGUGAUCUUCAAGCGAUAUUUUUCUCCAGCCUUAACAUAGAGUCCACCGAUCCUACCCAAAAAGAUGCUUUAUGCAAAAAGAUUGUUGACCUGCAUGCGGAAUCAAAAUUGAAUAGCUUCGAAAAGGAUUAUUACCUGAUUGGGGCCAACAAGAACUUGCGUUGUUCGACUAAAUUGGACGAAUCGGUGCUCUCGAAAAUCUACAGCGCUUUGGAGUCCGAAUUAGGUAGUAGCCAAGAGAUUUACUACCGCGUCAACACACACAAGCAACUUGGAGUCCAGAUAAGUGAGGCGAAUCAAAGCAAGUUGUACAAACGGCUGCAGGAAUUGCUUAAGAAGGAUGAUACACUGAGCGGUUUGGGCUAUGCCUUCAAUGCAGCCAUUCAAUUGGGAGGCGGCAGUGCAGGUGCCUUUAUUGCUAGUCGCGUCGAAGAUGCCAUUGUCCAGGCGGAUGAAGUUGACGGAACAUUGCUGCAAUUUGAGGGUGGACUUAGUAUUACAGCUUUAAUAAUUAAUGGCGCUUUCGGUGUGACUAAGGCCUAUGGCAAGCCUGCCCCCGUGUCUGCAGUUCAGGCUGUCAAGUUUGCCAAUUACUUUUUGAGUCGUCGCUCUGUCCAGACAGCCAAGGGAGCUCAUGUGCUCAUCGAGGCUCUUAAAACUCUGAGUAGCGCUGAAAAAAUUGCUCCUGUUUGUGUUCAACUGAUUGGCAAUGGCCAGCUGGAGGCCAAAUCGCCAUCACUGAAUGUGGCAGUGCUCGAUUUGUUGGGCAAACCCUUGGCUGCAACCCCCCAGAACGUACAGGUCAAGAUCUCCCUGAAGAAGGACAACUCCGUGCUGGCUGAAAACACAAAACUGGUGUCAAAAUCGUCUGAUAAAACCACCUAUGUCGCCGACUUGUCUAGCCUUAAGCCAGGACGUGGCGCCUACUUGGCUGAAGUGAAUGUGGAUGGUGUCUAUAAACAAAAACUGCAAUUUAAGGUUCUGGGUCGCGUCAAGGUUCAGUCUCUGGAAGUGGGUAUUGCGGAAUCCGAUGCCAGUGCAGCCACCCGAAAGCAAAGUGUUGUCUAUCCAAACAAAUUGAAGGAGACUCUCUCGGUGGAUAGCACCCAGAAACUAUUGCUUAAGAUUGUUCUAGUCGAGGAGAGUGUUCCAAAUGGCAAACCCAUUGCGGUUCAACAGGCCUUUGUUCGUUUGUAUAAUGAAAAAACUGACAAGGAGACAAUUUUCGUUGCCGAACAAGACAGCAGCAAGGCUUAUAAAUUCGACAUGGAUGUGGGUAACAAUGGCAAGAACUUUAAUUACCAAAGCGGCACCUACCAAGUCUAUCUGACUGUAGGAGAUGCUUCGCUCUCUAAUUCCUUCGAGUGGCUGGUGGCCGAUGUGCAAUUGAAGUUCAAUCAGGACAGAGAAGUCAGUCCCAAAAAGACGGUAACUGGUCCCUUGCCGGAGAUUAUUCAUCAGUUCCGAGUGCCCGACAAACGACCACCUCGCAUUGUGUCGGACAUUUUCACUGGUCUGUGCAUCACUCCCUUGGUUCUGCUCUUCGUUUUCUGGGGCAAACUGGGCAUUAAUAUCUCCAAUCUAUCCUUGUCGCUCAGUACAAUUGGUUUCCAUGUGGGCUUUGGUGGCAUUUUGACUUUGUUCUUUGUUUUCUGGCUGCAACUCGAUAUGUUCCAAACUCUACGAUUGCUGAUACCAAUUGCAGUAUUUACAUUCCUUUGCGGCAAUCGUUUGCUGCGAAACCUCUACGCCCAACGCACGAAUGCCAAGAGUUCAACAGGAUCAGCAUCAGGAGCGAGUCAAUAAAUGAUCAGUUUCUCUCUAUUAAAUAAACGCGAUCACAAAACAAUUUCAACAUUAAUAAAGCGAUUUAGUUAAGCUCUAAAACAAUAAACAAAAA